AUGAAGUUCACAAACACCAUCACCACAAUCACCCUCCUCGCAACCAGCGUCCUCGCCCAAACAGCCUGUGACCCCGCGGCCUCUGCAAUUCCCACCUGCGGUCUCCCCUGCAUAUCCUCCGCCGCCUCCGCCGUCGGCUGUACAGACGGCGACUACCGCUGCCGCUGCACCAGCUCCGACGCCAUCCAGUCUUCAGCCAUCAACUGCGUGAUUGGCAACUGUGGUAUCCCUGGCGCCUUGGAGGUUCAGGCUAGUGGCAGUGCAGUGUGUGCGUGUGUUGCCACCGCGCCUGCAAAGGUUAUGGCGGUUCCUACUGCGUUUUAG